GCUUAAGAGCGGGAAAAGGCGUUAACCCAUUCCAACUUCUAGACUCUUCGCUGCUCAAAUCAAAACGGAGCUGCUAUUAUCACAUUUAACGCUGUACUCCGUUCAUCGUCCAUGGCCGGGAUAACCAUUACCCGGUGGCUCACCGUCUCUCCGGCGUCUUCCACCUCACUACUUCGCCGUCUGCUUUCCCCUUAUUCCCUUCGUUACCACCACUCCUCUUUGCCAACCCAAAUUCCCAAAACAGUGUCCUCUUUUUCAGUCUCCACAAUUACCUCAUUCAGAAGCAGACCGUUUUCCACCACUACUACCACCCCUGAAACACCCAUUUCGAAUACCCCAACUCCAGCUCCUCCGAAGCGCAACACAUUAGUCAAUUUCUCAUUAUCUGAUUCAGAGGACUCCGAUUCUGAGGCGGAUAUGAACAAGGUAACAAAAUCGUCGACUAAACAGAUAGACAAAUCCAAAUUACCACCACCAUACGACCCAUUUAACAAGAAACCCGUAAUUGAGGAACCCGAAGACCCAACGAACUUGCAAGAAGUGUUUCACACGAUACGUUCAGAUGGGCUGAUCAACAGUGCAGUGAAGAUGUUCGACGGAUUGUCAAAGGACGGGUUAACCCAUGAGGCGUUGGAGCUAUUCUCUCAGAUCAAGGACAAGAGCCAGAUGCCAGAUGUGGUGGCUCACACGGCGGUGAUCGAGGCAUACGCCAAUGCGGGGCAGCCCAAGGAGGCUCACAAGGUGUACCUGCGGAUGCUGGCAAAUGGGGUGCUUCCGAAUGCGUAUACGUAUAGCGUUUUGAUCAAGUCGUUGGCAGAAAGUGGAGAAGGGAAGUUGGCGAAAGAGGCGAAGAAGUAUGUGUUGGAGAUGGUGGAGAAAAGGGGAAUGAAGCCAAAUCCUGCUACUUGUUUGGGCAGUUACGAAGGGUUGGUGAAGGCAGGAAUGGAGGAAGAAGGGAAAGAAUUAUUGGAGAUAAUGAAGAGCAAAGGAGCUGUGCCUGAAGAGAGUAAGAUGAGGGAGGUCUUGAAGAAUAAAAGAGGACCAAUUCAUAGGACCAUAAUGCAGGUUUUCUAUGGCAAGUAAAAUAUGUUUUUUUACAUUCAUGGCUCUUUGUUGUGUAAAUUGUUGUAGUAGGAAGAUUCUUGGUAUUUGUCAUAUGGAAACAAAUUGCUACAAGAGAUGAAGAGAACUAUGUGCUUGGGGAAAUUUGAUUUUCUAGUUUUUGGCAAUUA